GAGGGGUGUGGAGAAAAACCAUAGGUAUGCGUGUGUGUGGGGGGGGAAACACGCUGAGUGUGCGUCUCAUCUAAUAGAGCCUCGGAGCGCAUUAUCUUCCCCGUCAUCUCCGUCUGUGCGGUUGGUGCUGCGCCUUGCUGGGGAAACGGCCAGGAGAAGAUGCGUUGAUGCGAGCGGAUAUUCUCAGCAGCCGAGACUAAUUGUCUGUGAUUCAUGUCCCUGUUGAGUGGCUGAAACCUAUUCAUAGCCAGGGAGAAGGAGAGAAAGGGGAGAGUGGGGACGGGAUCCGCGCAGAGAUCCGCUCUCAGCAGUCUUUGGAAAUAUAGGAAGCAGAUCGCAGAGAGGAGGAAAGCGCGCCAGCAGGUCAAAGUUUCUUUCGCGGUACUGUGUGUGUGUGCGUUUGUGUGUAUGGGAUGGGGUGGGGGGUUCCCUUUUCCGUGGACAUCAUUGUGCUUCAGGUUUGACACCGUGAUGGAAUGACACCAGAAAAGAGGAUGAUGGACACUUUGGCACCGGAGUCUUGCUCAGAGAUCCCCCGCGUUUCCAGCAGGCGCGGUGCUGACCGAGCCCUCAGGACGGUGAUCAGUCAUUUGUUUUGAAGUGGCAGGAAAAUCCUCCUCUUGAUUGAAACAAGAGCGAGAGAUGGUGCGCGCAGCGAUUCCUCGGAGACUGACGUGCGUACUCAUCACGUUCCCGUUCAGGAGCGCGUCUUAAAGAGCUUCAUUCUUCGUUCAUGUUCAUUCUGCUGCUCUGAACUUGUUGAGCGGCGUUAAAGAGCAGCGGGACUCCCAGAGAGGCACUCAAAGAAAUUGCCAGAUCGUCACGCAGGACGAGUACCAUGAUUGACAGCCAGGCAAGCUGAGGAGACCCGUCACUCAUCUUCCUAUCAGCGUGUCAGAGGGCUAUCUCCGUCUUGCCUCCCCCCUCUUCCUCUUCCUUCUCUCCUCCACCAUCCUCCUCCCUCCCUCGGUCCUGUCUUAUCUUCUCAAUGGGCUGGUAGCCUCACCAUCCCUCAAAUCAUCCACCGCCCCUCGAAAACCUGAAAGAGACAGAAAUUGUACUGAAAAACACUUGUAAAGCAACCCGUGCUCCACCGAAAGGGAGUUUGGCAUGCCUCCUCACUCUUCUUGAGUGAAGUUUAGUAAGUGGAAGUUGAAGAGCGAUCCCUUGUUUAUACACCCUUCAGAAGGAGAUACGGCUCCUUAACAAGGCGCUGAGAAAGGGCCAGUCAUGCGUUUCCACUUUGCGCUGACGCUGCAGGCACUGUGGACUGGUGUUUGCCAGGCAGCCAUGCAGCACUACCCUGCUGCAGCAUGGGGACAUUACGAUGUGUGCAAGUCCCAGGUUUAUUCAGAUGAAGGCUUAACCUGGGACUACAUGGCCUGCCAACCCGAGGCAGCAGAUAUGACCCAGUACCUAAAGGUGACUCUAGAUCCUCCCAACAUCACUUGUGGAGACCCUCCAGAGACGUACUGUGCCCUGGAAAACCCUUACAUGUGUAACAAUGAAUGUGACGCCACCACUGAAGAGCUCGCCCACCCCCCAGGGCUGAUGUUCGACACUGAGGGCCGCAACCCCACAACCUUCUGGCAGUCCACCUCCUGGAAGAAGUACCCAAAACCCCUACUGGUCAACAUCACUCUAUCUUGGAACAAAACCAUUGAGCUGACUGAAGACAUUGUCCUCACCUUUGAGUCAGGCCGACCCGAACAGAUGGUCUUAGAAAAAUCACUAGAUUAUGGACGAACCUGGCAGCCCUACCAGUUCUACGCCACUGAUUGCUUGGACGCCUUCACCAUGGAGCCCAAGACGGUGCAAGACCUAACUCAGCAUACCCUACUGGACAUUAUCUGCACCGAGGACUACUCACGAGGGUACGUGUGGAAGAACGACAAAACUGUACGCUUUGAGAUCAAGGACCGAUUUGCACUGUUUGCUGGACCCCGGCUCCACAACAUGGCCUCACUUUACGGCCAGCUAGACACGACCAAGAAGCUGAGGGACUUCUUUACCAUUACUGAUCUGAGAAUCCGCCUGCUCCGGCCUGCCACAGGAGCAACGAUGGUGGAUGAGAACAACCUGUCCAGAUACUUCUAUGCCAUUUCUGACAUCAAAGUUCAGGGCAGGUGCAAGUGCAAUCUUCACGCCAACAGCUGCGUGUAUGACAAAGAGAAGUUGAGCUGUGAGUGUGAACACAACACCACUGGGCCCGACUGCGGCCGCUGUAAGAGGAACUACCAGGGGCGAGCGUGGAGUGCUGGCUCAUACCUGCCCAUACCCAAGGGCACCGCAAAUAUCUGUAUUCCUAGUAACAUUGGUCCAGUUAACUGCGAAUGCUUCGGCCACUCCAACCGAUGCAGCUAUAUCGAGCUGCUAAACACCGUCAUUUGCGUGAGCUGUAAGCACAACACUAGGGGCCAGCACUGCCAGCUAUGCAAGCUGGGCUACUACCGCAAUGCCUCAGCAGAACUGGACGAUGAAAAUGUGUGCAUAGAAUGUAAUUGUAAUCCCUAUGGCUCAGUCAAUGAUCGCUGUAAUGGCACAGGAUUUUGUAUAUGUAAGGAGGGCACUACAGGGCCUAAGUGUCAGGAGUGUCUGCCCGGCUAUUUGUGGGACAAUGGCUGCAAAUCCCGGGUGUGUGACAACGAACUCCUGCGCUGCCAAAAUGGUGGGACGUGUAUCAGCAACGUCCGCUGCAGCUGUCCAACGGGCUAUACAGGUUUGCUGUGUGAGAAGCGCCGCUGCGAGUCAGAGCUGGGAGGCUGUGGGGGCCCAGAUUCAGGCCAGGCUCACCUGACACCUCCAUCCACCUCCAGGCUGCUGCUGCUCCUGCUGCUAGGCUCGGUUCUGCUGAGAGGGGUCUCCUGCCGGCCCGCUGUGCUCUAAAGUGACCCAUUACCUGGUGGGAGUCGCACACUUCCCACCUUCUCCACCUUAACCCAAGCUCAUCCCCCUCCCCUUUCAGAUAAUCAACAACCAUUUAAAAAAGAACAACCAUGAGCUUUCUGGACUGUAAUGUUCUGAGCUUCUCCGCCUCCAGACUCAAUGGACACUCGCACUGACAAUAAAGGGAAUGUGCCAGUCAAAUGAGUGCAGAAGCUUUUCAUUUAAUUUCAAAGAAUAUAUAGAAAUAAUUAAAAAGAAAAACUAUACUUCUAAAAAAAAUACAGAUAUUAUUAGAAAUAUGAGUAACUGAGGGUUUGCCUAACAAAAGUAAAAUGAGCAGAGAAUGGUGAGUCCCACCCCGACCCCUACCCUACCUCUCUCCCUCCCCCCAAAAGCCAUACCAGGUACAGUACACGAGCCCCCUUCGAUUUUGAGAGGAGAUAACUAAAGAUGACAGACUCGUUCACUUCUUCUCAUAUUGCCACGGCAACAACAGCUGCGACCAAUCAGCUCUCGCACAAGCCGACGGUGGCCGCCGACCCCUUUGGGAUGCUUCUGUGCGUUGUUAAUGUUGGCUGGACUGAUGCCGAAGAAAAAAAAAAACAACAAAAAAAACAA